AUGAAUGUUAUUGAUGAUGAUGCAGAUACUCCUGAACAGAUCAUAGAUGAACCUGAAAUCACUGUUGAUGACGAAGCCGCUAAGUUAUUGAAGUUGUUAGGCGGCAAGAACAAAAAAGAGGUUCCGGAACAUGAAUUUUCUACUGAACCGUUUAACAAAAAGUUUUAUAAAGAAUCUGAUUUCAUCAGUGCGUUGACUAAGGAUGAAGUCCGUUCUUUGAGGGAAACAGACUCUGUACAUGUCAAGGGUAAGAAUAUGUUGAAGCCUAUUUUAGAGUGGUCACAAUUAGGGCUUCCCGCAUCAAUUUUUUCCGUAUUACAAAGCUUAAAGUAUGACUCGCCUACGCCGAUCCAAUGUGAAGCAUUACCACAUGUUAUGAACGGAAAUGAUUUCAUAGGUAUUGCGCAAACCGGUUCGGGUAAAACAAUUGCUUUUUUGCUUCCGCUGUUCAGACAGCUUUUGAGUAAUGCUCAGACUCAGGACCGGAACUCUCCCGGUGCAUCUCCAAGAGCUGUAUUAAUCACCCCUACUAGAGAACUAGCCUUACAGAUUGCGAAAACUGCCAAGCCUUUUGCAGACAAGUUGAACAUGAACAUUUGCAAGUGUUACGGCGGCCAGAGUAUCAGCAAACAGAUAGCAGACUUGAAGAAGCGAGCAGACAUUGUUGUAGGUACUCCGGGUAGGAUUAUCGACUUGCUUUGCACCAACGGAGGUAGGAUCUUGAAUUUCAGCAAUGUGACAUAUCUUGUUAUGGAUGAAGCGGAUCGGAUGUUUGACAUGGGGUUUGAGCCCCAGAUCUUGAAGAUCUUGAAGGUCAUCAGGCCAGAUAGACAGACGGUUCUUUUUUCGGCAACGUUCCCGCCAAAGAUCCAGGUGCUAGCGAGAAAGAUUUUGAAGGACCCAACGGAAGUCUUGAUUGGUUCCAAGAACUUAGUAAACGAGAACAUCGAGCAGCAUUUCGAGGUUGUGCCGGACGUGGACGCCAAGCUAAACAAGUUGCUCCAGAUCCUCGGUGCGAAGUACAAUGAAAAUAACGGCAAGGUGUUGAUUUUCAUGGAGAGACAGGACGCCUGCGACAAGAUGGUGAGGAAGCUCUUGACAAGAGGGUAUGCUGUGAUGCCACUACACGGCGGGAAGGACCAGACGGAGCGAGGCGGCACGAUCCGAGACUUCAAGAACGGCAUCAUCGACAUCCUCGUUGCAACGUCUGUGGCCUCACGCGGGUUGGACGUCGACAACUUGAACUUAGUGAUCAACUACGACGCCCCCUCACACGUUGAGGACUAUGUGCACCGUGUUGGGAGGACAGGGCGGGGUGGAAAGACCGGAGAGGCGUACACAAUCCUCACACCGGACGAAGAGAAGUGUGCCUCGGACCUUGUGCGUGUAUUGCGGGCGUCGAAGCUGGAACCGCCUGCCGAGCUCGCCGCGAUGGCCGAAUCGUUCGAGAGUAAGCUCAAGGAAGGCGACGUCAAGUUCGGCUCCGGAUUUGGCGGCAAGGGUCUUGAGAAGCUCCAAGCGAUCCGGGACAAGCACGAGAAGCUGGAGAAGCAGGUGUACCUGAAGAGCGAGGAGAAGGGUUCUGGCGAGGACGGCAAGCCUGACGCCGCCAAGACCGACCCCGCUGCCGCUGCCGCUGCCACUGCUGCCGGCUUUGAUCUCGACGUGUUGAAAAACUUCAAGGUCGAGUACUCUAGCAAGGCCCGAGGCCUCGAGGCCACCUGUUUCUACGCCAAGUUGAACAUCAACGACCUCCCGCCCACCACCCGUUGGUACGUCACAACCCACGAGAACUACCUUCGGGUUAUCGAGUUAACAGGCACCUCGAUCACCACCAGGGGCCGCUACUACCCGCCUGGCCAGGACCCCGGUCCUCGGGACGACGCCAAGUUGCAUGUCCUUGUUGAAGGCCCCAACGAGGUCAGUGUCAGCAGGGCCGUCGGUCUUUUCCGCGAAAACGUCCUGCGCGGGCUCGAACGCGAGACUUCCGCGGCCGGCGACGACGGCAGCGCUUCCGGAGGUGGCGGCGGGCGGUAUGCGAUCGUCUAG